CAGCCUCAGCCCCGCCUACUGCUCCUGAGCCUCAGCACAGACCACUCGGAAAGGGGAUUGGCUGAGGAGCUUGGAGAGGGGGCGUCGUCACCUCCUAGCCCAAAGGUUAAAUAGGGCUUUAGGCAAGAUGCUCCAGAGAAUACCCGUCUUUCGUGGGCUCUCUGAACCACACCAUGACCCAGACCCUCAAGUUCUUCUCCAAAGUGUUCCAUCGCGCACGCUGUGCUCCUGCGCGGGGCGCCUCACUCGGCUACAAAAACUGCGACUCGGCACCCCGGAGCUUGGCAGACAUCCCAGGCCCCUCCAAGCCCAGCUUCUUGGUGGAACUUUUCUGCAAAGGGGGGCUAUCGAGGCUACACGAGCUGCAGGUGCAGGGUGCUGCGCGCUUCGGGCCGGUGUGGUUGGCCAGCUUCGGGACCGUGCGCACGGUGUACGUGGCGGCUCCUGCCCUCAUCGAGCAGCUAUUGCGACAGGAGGGGCCUCGACCAGAGCGCUGCAGCUUCUCGCCCUGGGUGGAGCACCGUCGCCGCCGCCAGCGAGCUUGCGGACUGCUCACCGCAGAAGGCGAAGAAUGGCAGAGGCUCCGCAGUCUUCUGGCCCCUCUCCUCCUCCGGCCUCAAGCGGCAGCCGGCUAUGCCGGGACCCUGGACAACGUGGUCCGUGAUCUCGUGCGACGACUGAGGCGCCAGCGGGGACGUGGCACCGGGCCGCCUGCUCUGGUUCGGGAUGUAGCGGGAGAGUUUUACAAGUUUGGAUUAGAGGGCAUAGCCGCGGUGCUGCUGGGUUCGCGCCUAGGCUGCCUGGAGGCAGAAGUGGCGCCGGAGACAGAGACCUUCAUCCGCGCCGUGGGCUCGGUGUUUGUGUCCACGCUCUUGACCAUGGCGAUGCCCAACUGGCUACACCGUCUUGUGCCCGGGCCCUGGGGCCGCCUCUGCCGAGACUGGGACCAAAUAUUUGCAUUUGCCCAGCAGCACGUGGAGCGGAGAGAGGCGGAGGUAGCCCGGAGGAACCCAGGAAAGCUUGAGGAGGACAUGGGACCUGGGGCGCACCUUACUUACCUCCUGUUCCAGGAAGAGUUGCCUGCCCAGUCCAUCCUGGGGAAUGUGACAGAGUUGCUACUGGCCGGAGUGGACACGGUGUCCAACACACUCUCCUGGGCUCUGUACGAGCUCUCUCGGCACCCUGAAGUCCAGAUGGCACUCCACUCAGAGAUCACAGCUGCCCUGGGCCCUGGCUCCAAUGCCUGUUCACCAGCCACAACUCUAUCCCAGCUGCCCCUGCUGAAGGCUGUGGUCAAGGAAGUGCUAAGACUGUACCCUGUGGUACCUGGAAAUUCCCGUGUCCCAGACAAAGACAUUCAUGUGGGUGACUAUAUUAUCCCUAAAAAUACGCUGGUCACUCUGUGUCACUAUGCCACUUCAAGGGACCCUUCCCACUUCCCAGAGCCAAAUUGUUUCCGACCCGCUCGCUGGCUGGGGGAAGAUCCAGCCCCCCACCCAUUUGCAUCUCUUCCCUUUGGCUUUGGCAAGCGUAGCUGUAUGGGGAGACGCCUGGCAGAGCUUGAACUGCAAAUGGCUUUGGCCCAGAUCUUGACUCAUUUUGAGGUACAGCCUGAGCCAGGUGCUGCCCCAGUCAGACCCAUGACUCGGACUGUCCUGGUACCCGAGAGGAGCAUCAACCUACAGUUUGUGGACAGAUAGUCCUGUGGAAGGAGGCUGUUAUCUUCGCCAUACACCAUAGCGAAGUGUUUGAAGCAGCCCUUGCCCUGACCAGUGUGUGAAGUAUGCACUUGGCCUGACUCAUUAGACCCCCACAAAACCAUGGUUCCUCCACCAGCUUGGGCCUUCUGGUCAUAUGCACACCCUUCAAGGGCUAGCUCAGAUUUUAAUGAAUACUGCUGGGUGGCCUGAGGAAGGGUUCAACCACUGUGCUUGUGGUGCUCAUCAAUGCUGCCUACGGCAUGAGCUGAGAAAUUGUGCAUCUGGUCUAUACCUGGUUGGUUCUUCCUCUUUGCAUGUGAGCCCUUUAAGAGAAAGGGUGAGGCCUUAUUUGGUCUUUAUAUCACCUGUCAGUGGGGAUAUACCUGUGUCUGACUAGGUAACACCAUAUACAUUCUCAGAUUGAAUCUGGACCAUGUGGCAGAUCCGUAUCUUUCUUUAUCUUGCCCCUAGGAAGGUGACUCUCUGUCCUAGCCCAGUUUAUGAGUUUUUAUCCUUUUUUUUUU